AAUUUGAUUAGGUUGAUUUUAAUUUCGUGUUAUCUAUUCAGGAGGUAGGCUGGUUGUGCUUCAAACACAAAAUUGUCAGUUAUAAAUGUUUGUAAAAAUUACGGUCUAUGGGAAGUUGCUAUUCGAAGAAAACACAUAGACAGCUCCACAAUCGUUACCAUGCGUCCAAGGCUAAGACACCCAAGAAGCUCAGCCAGUCCUUUCAUUCGGAGCCGAAUAUUGUCAUCCUUGGCGCAGGUGCCGCUGGCUUGGCUUGCGCCAUGGAGCUGAAGAAGCAGGGCUUCCAACAUGUACGCAUUUUGGAGAUGUCAGAUCGAAUUGGUGGUCGCAUUCGAACAAUGAAGUUUGCGGACAACUACAUUGAUGUCGGUGCACAGUGGGUAAAUGGCAAGCAUGGCAAUGUGGUGUAUCAGAUGGUCAAGGGACUCAAUCUGCUGGAUACAUCAAGCUGGGAUGCAUAUAUCAAUGUGGAGUGGAUACGCUCCAAUGGCCAGAUGAUGCCACGCUCUAUGCUGGUCAAGCUUGUUAAGGUGAUGAGGAGCAUAGUGCGGAAUCAGCAUGAGGAUCUCAUUGAUUGCGACGGCACCUAUGGUGAGUAUCUGGUGGAGAAGUUUGCCGAGGCGCUAUCGAAGCCAGAUAUGAAGCACAUUGAUCGCGAAUGGGCUGUCGAUUUUCUGCGCACAUUCAAGAAAAUGGAGGGCUCAGCUGUGGACACGGACAUGAAUGCGGCUGACUACGGUUCCUUUCGACCGUGUCAAGGGGAUGGCACGCUCAAUUGGCGUGACAAGGGCUACAAGCAGUUCCUGCGCGUCCUGGUCGAUGGUAAUGAGAUGAAUGAGCAUGGUUUGCUUCAAGGCUGCAUUGACUUGAACUCGCGUGUGCUCAAGAUCGAUUGGGAUCGCAUCGAUGGCACCAUACAGAUCACGUGCGAGAACAAGAAUCAGUAUUUAGCCGAUCAUGUGGUAAUUACCGCUUCGUUGGGUGUGCUCAAGAAGAAUCCGCGACUCUUCUUUCCAAAUCUGCCGCUGGCAAAACGCAAGGCCAUCAAUUUUAUGGGCUUCGGGCAUGUGUGUAAAAUAUUUGCAGAGUUCGAGGAACCGUUCUGGAAGGACGAUUGGACGGGCUUCAAUGCAAUGUGGUGUGCAGAUGAUUUGAAUCAGCCGCAGCUGGAAUGGCUCUCGGACAUCUACAGUAUUCAACCCUAUGCGCAUCAACCGCGGGUCCUGCUCGGCUGGGCAGCAGGCCCCAAUACGGAGAUCAUUGAAUCGAUUGACUCUAAACUGUUGACCCUCGGAAUUAUGCUUAUGCUACGCAAGUUUUUGCCCAAAAUGAAAGUCACACAACCGAAGUGCGUGGUAACCAGUCACUGGAGCAUUGAUCCCGCUCAUAUGGGUUCCUAUUCGUAUCCCUCGAUGCUGACAAAGAGUUACAACACGGGUCCCGAUCAACUAGCUCAACCGGUCAAUGUGCUUGCCUAUGAGCCGACGACUCCAUCGUAUGUCUCCCUGCUGGACAUCAGACCGAUUACGGUGCGACCCCUAAUCCUGUUUGCUGGCGAGGCGACAAGCUCCGACCACUAUUCAACGGUGCAUGGAGCUGUGGAGACGGGUAUACGGGAGGCGCGUCGUCUCGCCGGAUACUAUCAGAAGGAUUUGUAAAAGUUUAUAUACUACAUAUAGGUAGUAGUAAAUGAGCACAAAGUAUUCACAUUUAGCUACAUUGUUAUAUUUUAAAUAAUAAAAAUGCUUAAGGUCUCUUUAAACCUUUA